CAACAAAUUCCACAAAAUAAAUAAUUCUCAUAUAUAUAUUUUAAAUUAAAUAUUUUUUCUCCUCUUUCCUUGAUCAACAAAACUCCAAUUCUUGAUCAACCAAAACUCCAAACAUCAGGUAUGGCAGAAGUAUUGGGAAUGUUUACAGUACAACAAACCAUAGGAAAUGUGUUAUGCUGCAAAUGCGGAAUCUCGAUGCAGCCAAAUGCUGCACAUAUGUGUGCUAAAUGCUUGCGAUCCGAAGUUGAUAUAACAGAAGACCUACAGAAACAUGUAGUGAUUGUUCACUGCCCUGAAUGUGAUGGCUAUUUGCAGCCUCCAAGGAGUUGGAUCAAAGCACAGCUCGAAUCGAAGGAGUUACUCACUUUUUGUAUCAAGAAGUUGAAGAAUUUGAAUAAAGUUAAGUUGGUGAAUGCCGAGUUUAUUUGGACUGAGCCUCAUUCGAAAAGGAUCAAAAUUAGGCUUAAAGUCCAAAAAGAGGUACUAAAUGGAGCUGUUCUUGAACAGUCGUACAUCGUCGAGUAUGUUGUCCAAGAUCAAAUGUGUGAUUCGUGUUCGAAGGUGCAAGUUAAUCCUGAUCAAUGGGUGGCUGCGGUGCAACUUAGACAGCACGUGUCUCACCGAAGAACGUUCUUCUAUUUGGAGCAGCUGAUUAUUAAGCACGAUGCUGCUAAUCGUGCUAUAAAGAUUCAACAGUUGGAUCAGGGAAUUGAUUUCUUCUUUGGUCAUAGAAGUCAUGCUUUGAAGUUUGUGGAUUUUGUCAGUAGGGUGGUACUUGUUAGGACCCGAAACGCCAAGCAACUCGCGUCUCAUGAUCAUAAGAGCAAUAUCGUCAAUUAUAAGUACACAUUCUCUGUAGAAAUCAGCCCGGUUUGUCGUGAGGAUCUGAUAUGUCUCCCUCCAAAGGUGGCAGCUAGUUUAGGAAAUAUCGGUCCUCUAGUGAUCUGCACGAAAGUAAGCAACAGUAUCGCUCUACUAGAUCCGUUUACGCUGAGGCAUUGUUUCUUAGAUGCUGAUCAGUACUGGAGGGCAUCAUUUAAGCCUUUACUAUCUAGUAGACAGCUUGUCGAGUAUGUGGUUUUAGACGUUGAUGUGGUUUCUGAAGAAGUUAAUAUUGGAGGCUCGAAGUAUGUUUUAGCUGAUAUCCAAGUUGCUCGUGUUUCUGAUUUCGGGAAAAAUGACACAAUAUUCUCCGUAAGAACGCAUCUAGGUCAUCUUCUAGAUGCUGGAGACUAUGCCCUCGGUUAUGAUUUAUAUCGAGCCAAUAGUAAUGAUUUUGAGCUUGAAAAAUACAAAGGUCUUGUCCUUCCAGAGGUGAUAUUGAUUAAGAAAAGCUAUGAGGAGAAACGCCAAAAGAAACGUGGGAAGCCUCGGUCUUGGAAGCUUAAGUCACUCAAUAUGGAAGUCGAUAACUCUGGUAAGGGAAGAGAUCAAGAACAAAAAAUGAACUCGGAGUAUGAACAUUUCUUGAGAGAUUUAGAGGAGAAUCCUGAUCUGAGGUUCAACAUAUCAUUGUAUCGUGAUAAAGAAUAUCAACAAUCAGAAACUACUUCUGUUGCUGAUGGAGAAGAUGUUCCUUCUAUUCCUUUGGAGGAGUUACUUGCUGAUAUUGAUUUGAACGAUAUUGAUGUUGAAGAAGAUGACAUAAGGGAGUGAACUGAAGACUCGUGAAUUGGAACCGGAACUUGAUGUUGUGCAAGUUAGUAGCUUCAUAAAUUUUGUGUCUAGUAUUAGUAGAAUGAAUUUGUUGCACCUGAGCCUAGGGUUCGGAACCAGCCUCUCUACCUCCGCGAGGUAGUGGUAAGGUCUUCGUUCUGGGUAUGUUGUUGUUGUAUUAAAAGA